GGCCCAAAGUUAGCUCAGCCCAACUAAAAUAUGACUAUAGAGACUUAUUAGGGUAUGCGAACUAGGGUUUUGUCAUUCGUUUCUAGUUCAGCUCUCGUUUCAACAUUUUCCUUUCUCUCAUUUUUGAGUUACUUCAACUCCCAGUCUAAGGUACGUGCAGUUGAAGAGAGGGAAAGAGAGCGAAAAUGGUGGAGAAGGUCAAAGGAAGAAAAGAGGAGGUGGUGACCAGAGAGUACACCAUCAAUCUUCACAAGCGCUUACAUGGCUGCACAUUUAAGAAGAAGGCGCCAAAGGCCAUUAAGGAGAUUAGGAAAUUUGCAGAGAAAGCCAUGGGGACUAAGGAUGUGAGGGUUGAUGUGAAGCUAAACAAGCAUAUUUGGAGCAGGGGUAUCCGAAGUGUUCCAAGGAGGAUUAGGGUUCGCAUUGCCCGCAACAGGAAUGAUGAUGAGGAUGCUAAGGAAGAGCUUUACUCUCUUGUAACUGUUGCAGAAAUCCCAGGAGAAGGAUUGAAGGGACUUGGCACCAAGGUCAUCGAAGAUGAUGAAUGAAUCAUCGAUCUCUAUUUUCAAGGGCAGGAUAGGUUUACAUGAGAUUUUAGCAGUUGUUUUAAGUGUUAUGAGAAAGACUAGUGUAUUUCAUUAUCUGGUUAAUUUCUGUUUAGAUUUUUUCGACCUCGCUGCUACUUUGGGUUUUACUGAACACAGUAACUUUGGAGUCCUACCUUGUCAUUACCUAUGGGCCACCUGUUAUUUAUCAGGACUUAAUAUAUGAGUUUUUCUUACUGCCCA